AUGACUAAACAAUCCAAUUUAUAUUUAGGUCUUUCACCGGAUUAUGAUAGAAGUUUUAAUGUGAAACAUUUAAAAAAGUAUAAUGCAACCAAUUUACAAUAUUUAUCAGAACCUCCUCCUCCAAAUAUUAAUUAUUUGAGAACAUUUGCUAGACUGGGGAAAAUUGCUGCUAUGGUAGGUUUAAAUUUAACUGCUGGUGUUGUUGCAUUUGCAUUUGUUGAUUGUGAUUCAGCUCAUGCAGUAAUAUUUGAUAUUGAAGAUGCUCAAAAAGCGAUUCCAAGUGAUUAUUUAAAAACUUCAAAAAUUUUUCUUCAUAGUCCUUAA